UGCAGGAGGCGUUUGGCGCUGGAUUUGCCGGCUCCCUCGCCUGUAGCCAGCCCCCUAUAACCUCCAGGUACACAGAUGCCCCUUUUGUAGGCAUCGCGGCAGACACAAAGGAACUCGUUUCACUUUUUUUCUCCUCUUUUUUUUAUGUUACCGCCUUCAUUCAGCACGCCGUCCUACACUGGCCACUGAAGGCAAUGAACACCGCUCUGUGCUCGGAUAUUCGGCCGUGUGUAUUUCACCGAGGGCGACCGGAGCAGGCUUAAAUGUACUAUAUUAACAAGUUUCUCACCAGAUUUUAAUGGCCGUUAAGUCAACGGAGGGACGUCUGAGCUGCCUGUUUUUCUAAUGGACCGCUGAAUUGGUUAACGUUAAAUGACACAGCGAUGAAUGUUGUUAUCGCUCUCCCGUAAUACAAGAUUAAUAGCUUAUCUGGAGCCGCAGCUACCUGCCUGUCUGUCGCUUUUAUGCAUAGCCUUUGCAGGGUCAAGAUGCAGUUUCGGACUGUGCUGGACGUGAAAGUCGUGGACGUGGAGAAGAGGCGCAACCCGUCUAAACACUACGUAUAUCUCAUCAAUGUCACCUACUCUGACAACACCUCCCACAUCAUCUACAGAAGAUACAGCAAGUUCUUUGACCUACAGAUGCAGAUACUUGACAAGUUCCCAAUUGAGGGAGGGCAGAAAGACCCAAAGAAGAGGAUCAUCCCAUUUCUCCCAGGCAAAAUCCUGUUCCGAAGGAGUCAUGUGCGAGAUGUGGCCAUGAAGCGGCUGCGUUUCAUCGACGACUACUGCAGGGCGCUGGUGCGACUCCCCCCUCAGAUCUCUCAGAGUGAGGAAGUGUUGCGCUUCUUUGAGACUAAAGCUGAGGACGCCUACCCCCCAGUGGAGGACUAUGGCUCCAAGCGCAAGUCGGUAUGGAUGUACGGCUUUACAGACAGCCCGAGGAAAGAGGCCUCAGGGAUUGACAGCUCGGAGCCCAUGGUGCUGGAGCAGUACGUGGCUGUGGCCAACUACGAGAGGCAGGAGAACUCGGAGAUCAGCCUCAAGGCCGGCGAGACGGUGGACGUGAUUGAGAAGAGUGAAAGUGGUUGGUGGUUUGUCAGCACAUCAGAGGAGCAGGGAUGGGUGCCUGCCACAUACCUGGACUCCCAGAAUGUAACCAGAGACGAUUUGGAUCUGGGCACUUCUAGGACUGGAGAAGUUACUAAGAGACGCAAGGCACAUCUGAAGAGGCUGGACCGCCGCUGGACCCUCGGGGGUAUAGUCAACCGCCAGCAGAGCAGAGAGGAGAAAUACAUGACCAUACAGCCGCACACCAGUCAGGGGAAGGAUGAAGUCAGCUUUGAGAAAGGUGUCACCGUGGAGGUGAUCCAGAAGAACUUGGAGGGCUGGUGGUACAUCAGAUACUUGGGGAAAGAGGGCUGGGCCCCUGCCUCCUACUUGAAAAAGGUGAAAGAGGACUUCUCCCCCCGCAAGAAGACCCUGACAGGCCCCGUGGAGAUCAUCGGCAACAUCAUGGAGAUCAGCAACCUGUUACAAAAGAAGUCGGUCAGCGAGAAGGACAUCCAGACAGACGGAGAGGGGAGCACCACACCCGAGCGCCACAUCUCCAAGAGUGAGAUCAGCCUGCCCAUGCCCUAUAACUCUGAAAUCAAUGCUGAGACAGGCAGGAGGCUGAGUGCCGGCCGUGACACCAACAGCCCAUGUCUGGGAAUAGCAGCGAGUGCUGCCCUAAAUGAAAAUAAAGCGAGGGGCGAGCCAGGGUCCCCAGCUGUUGCCAGAGUGGCACCUCACAGAGUGGAAAUUGGCUUUGAUGCUAUAGGGUCUCCAAAUCUGAGACAAAAACCUCCCCCACGAAGAGAAACCAACUUGGGAUUCCAGUUACCCAAGCCACCAGAGCCCCCUGCUGUGGAAGCAGAGUAUUACACUAUAGCAGAUUUCCAGUCCUCAAUCUCUGAUGGCAUCAGUUUCCGUGGAGGACAAAAAGCUGAUGUGAUAGAAAAGAACCCUGGAGGCUGGUGGUAUGUGCAGAUUGGAGAGAUGGAGGGCUGGGCCCCCUGCUCCUACAUUGACAAGCGUAAGAAGCCUAACCUCAGCCGUCGGACCAGCACCCUGACCAGGCCCAAAGUCCCACCGCCAGCUCCACCUGUCAAAAAACAAGAGCCUGAAGAGGCUCCCCCUCCUGCUAACUCUGCCCCUACAAUUUCAGAGCUGGCGAGCAGGCCUGUGUACGAGGAACCUGAAUAUGAUAUUCCUGCAAUCGGAUGCGAAGGGGAAUCAGACACAGAUUCCCUAAAGGAUGAGCGCGCUCUGGAUAUGAAGAUCAGCAACGUGGUCAGCGACAAGUACCGCUGCUCCCCUCCUUCCUGCAAGCCCUCUCCUCCUGUCUGCAAGGCGUCCCCUGUGUUCACUCAUCGAAGAUCUUCUUUCAGGUCUGUAGAGGAGGUUGCAAAAGAGGAGUGUAUUUAUGAGAAUGACGGCUUCAGGCCAAGCAGUGGUGUUGAAAGAACUUCAGUCAAAGGUUCCAGUGAGCCAAAUUCCCCGAGGAGCUACCGUUCCUCCACAGUCCCACGCAAGCCCUCAGGAUCUUCACCUGUAGCUGGUAGACCCAUGAAGACCAUGACGCCAGAGAUGAACCGGAGAAGCCAGACCCUGGGCAGACACAUAGAUAUCAGCCUCAGGUCACAGGACAACAGCCCCCACUCUUCAUCAGAUGAAUUGAGCAGAGGGCCCAAGAAAGGCCCUGUCUUAAGCCGGGAUGUGGAGCAGAGAAUAGGUCAGAGCCCCUCGACCCGACCCAAGCCUUCUGUCAGACCUAAACCACUCCUGACCAAAUCAGAACCCCAGAGUCCUGAGAGGAUGGACAUCAGCUCUUUGAGACGGCAGCUGAGGCCUACAAGUCAGUUCCGGCCUCAUGGCCUCAAACAUACUCGUGGGGACGACUCUGAAACAGCCUCGGUCAUUUCCUCAGAGGACUCUAUGUGUUCGCGCAGUACCUCAGAUCUCUCUUCGGUUUACUCCAAAGGGAGCCGUGGGGACUCAGACGUGGAAGGCCCUAAUCUCUACCGCUCCCUAGAUGCCUAUAAGAAGGUCCAGGACUCUGAGAUCAGCUUUCCAGCCAGGGUGGACGUUGAGGUUCUGGAGAAGCAGGAGAGCGGUUGGUGGUACAUCCGAUGGGGAUCCGAGGAGGGCUGGGCUCCCUCGUACUACCUGGAACCUGUCAGACAAGUUGGCGAUGCAGGUGGGUUGGACCUAGAUGGGCAUGGAAGUGGAGGGAGUAAGUCCAACAGCCUGGAGAAAAACGAGCAGCACGUUUUGGCCCUCAAUAACAUCAAUAUCCAAGUUUUGAGCCAACCGCAUCAAGGCUUGAGAAGGAACACUCCGCCAAUUCCUUCCAAGCCUCCGGGUGGCUUCUCGAAGCCGUCAGGGAUGGUUAAUGGAGGUGUUCGGAUGAGGAAUGGGGUUCGCCAGGUGGCAGUGAGGCCUCAGUCUGUAUUUGUGACCACAACACAGCCAGCCAAGGACUCUCACUACAUGACAGGGUCUCUGAGACGAAAUGACUCUCUUGGCAGAAGUGAUCACUAUGGUUCUGGUUCUGCCACUCUUGGUGUCCGCCGAAAUGCCUCCUUCAGCACCGUGCGGCCACAUGUAGUUGUUGAAAGCCAGACGAGGCCUGCCGAGCGCUCCGGCCUGGGGUCCUCAGGGAGCGCAUUCAGCACAAGCAAUGUCCAGGACCCCCUUAGCAGAGUUAACCAACGCAACGGCAUCCCUGUGUCCACAGUUCGACCCAAGCCCAUAGAGAAGAGCCAACUGAUCCACAAUAACCUUGGCAGGGAUGUGUACGUGUCCAUUGCUGACUAUCGUGGUGAUGAGGAAACAAUGGGUUUUACUGAGGGCACCUGUCUGGAGGUGUUAGAAAGAAACCCCAAUGGUUGGUGGUACUGCCAGGUGCAGGACAGCCUGCUUCCCCGCAAGGGCUGGGUCCCCUCCAACUACCUAGAGCGGAAAAAAUAAAACUAACCCCACAUUCUUCCUCUGUCCUUCUCCCCUCCUGCCCCUUUUGAUGUCUCCAAGAACGUCGGUGGCAUCACUCUUUAAGAAUGUUACCUGCAAACUCCCGUAAGCAAUAUGUCCUUAAAAAAUGUAAAUUGACUGUGUGUAAAAAGAAAGAUGUUUAAUCUGAUGAGGAAGGACACUUUUUAGUGCUGGUUUACUAAAAUGCAUACGAAGGAGAGUGUAAAGACUUUAAAUAUUUUGCCUGGGAAUGAGAGACAUAAAUGUCAGAUUGGUCAUUCUUGGGUGAGGACAUUUGAAGAGGACAGUGUUUUGAGAUAACAUGGUAUGAAUGGGAGUGAUAACCUCUUAAAGAGGUUUGUGUCAUGUAAUACAGAAGUUGAGCAGGGUAAUGGUUAUGCUUAUUCCUGCCCAUCUCUGAGUCUGAUGGUCGAUAAGUGCCUUUUGUAUUUGAUCACCGGAAUGGAGGUCCUAAAUGGUGGAUGGCAAAACAUGAAAUCAACCAAAUCUUUUAAGAGUGCCAUAGGCCUAUGAACACCACCAAUAGUAAUUCCAUACCCAGUUAAGAGCUCCACUAUAGAGGGUAAACAAAGUGCAAAGUUUCGAUCUAAGGUUCUUUAAUUCUUUCAACAGGAGAUUAAAGAAAGAAAAACUAGGAUUUAAGUGACUCAGUC